UUUCAAGUCCUUCUUUGCCUCCUUAAUCUGUGCUUGAAGCUCCUCUGCGGCCUCCUGACAGUCGUUAAAGGUGGCCACCCGGUAGCCCACCGUGAGCAAGGAGUAACAGCCGAACGACACCAACAGGUAGAGCGGCAUGGGCCAAGCCACUUCUCGGUACGGAUGCGGCACCUUCAGGUCCAACGGGUCGAAGGCAACCAGCACCCAGGCGGCCAGCACCACCGAAACUCCGAAUAGCCACUCCAUAAAUUUGGUCAUGAUGAAACCAGGACACGGAAGCAACCUGAGAUAAUAACAAGUGAAAAUCCAAUCCAAGCAAGCAUGCCUUCACAACUGGAGACAGCCAUGGAGUCCCUCAUCGUGGUGUUCCACCGCUACGCUUCGCGGGACGGCAGGUCUGGCACCCUCAGCCGAAGGGAACUCCGAGAAUUGAUGGAGAACGAGCUGUCCAACUUUUUAAGGAGCCAGAAGGACCCAGCUGCCGUGGACAAGAUCAUGAAAGACCUGGACACCAACAAGGAUGGCCAAGUAGACUUUGAGGAGUUUGUGUCCCUGGUGGUAGGACUAUCCAUAGCGUGUGAGCAGUGCUACCAACUACACAUGAAGACCGCCGCCAAAAAGUAGAAGCAAUAAUGUCCUGAAGAAAACACUCCGCAAAACAUUUCAUUAGUUGUUUUUCUUUUUUCUUUUUUUUUUUCUUUUUUAUCGUGCAUUAAAAAUGAUUCCAAUGAUUCAAA